UUUAACAUAUCUAGGAUAUUGGUUUGUGUGUAGAUUUUAAUCUAAUCGUGUCUAUAAGGUGAUGUAUAAGAAUGCUUUUUUUACUGCAUUUACCCAAGUUACUACCUUACUGGUUUCUGCUCACUUGAUAUUUUGCCUCAGAACAAGGGAUAUAUAAUAAUGAUAAUUGUGUACCUAUAGUUGCACACGAACCACAUUAGUAGUUAUGCCUUCUGACUUUAAGAUGGUGAACUGAAUACUUUUUAUCAUUAAAUUUGGCAUGUAAACAUUUAAGGCUCAUUUUAAUGAUCUAGAUUGGACUAGACCGGACAAGAUUUUAGUUUCCUUUUCUUUUUUAAUAUUGUCGAGAACAAUCCAUCCAACCAAAAAGGCCAUUAAGACACUCUGGUUGAUUGAAUAAGUGGAAUAAUUCUGUGGAAGCAUGCACCAUGAAAUCUCCUUCAGUCUUUCUGAUCAUUGCAAAUAUUUACCAUCAUUACUAUAAAGCCUUUCAUCUCUAAAUUUUGUGCAAUUGUUUCAUCUGUAUAUUAUAUUAGCUACGGCUCAUAAUAAUUUAGUUACUUUCAUCUUGUACCUUUUUCAUGGUAUUAAUAGUAUCAUUAUUGGCCACAUCCAUUUCUCAGAGAGCUAGUCUAGCAUUAAUGUGGCUUGAUGUCCUUCCAAAAGAUUUGAUGUCGUUAGAGUUUCAUUGAUAGACAAAUGAAAAGCUUUCUCAAGAUGCUUAUUCAUCCACUUGAGAAUUUCAAAAACCCCAAUUGUGUCGAACUUUUCAUUUUUGGAAUGGAGGUAUCCACCCAAGGAGGAGCUUGCUUGCAUCCUAAUGAGCUAGUUGGUGAGCUAAUAGCUAUAAACUUACUUACGUGAAUGGAUUAAGGCUUAACGAUCCCGAUCUCGGAAGAGACGCAACAUUAUGAGGUGAAGAGCCAACGUCGAGAUGCCAAGCCUUCCCUAGAUAUGAGCUCUUGGGGUCCAAAAUAUGCCAAUUGAUUUCCAUGUCGGAUCAGUAAAGUUUUUUCCAACUAAGCAUGACAGUCUAGGUCUCCUACCUAAUGAAUGUGGCAGGGACACAGAAGCAAUCUCGAGGCAGCAGAACCUUCAAAAUUGCGUAAAUAACAAUAUUUGUCACGAUGAAGCUGAUCGACUGAGAAUCAUUUUGAACCAGAAUCCUGUGUCGACUGGUUUAAGGUUGUCUUAUGAUGACGAUGAGCGUAACUCCUCUAUUACUUCUGCAAGUGGAAGUAUGUUGGAUUUGUCAUCAAUUAUAUCUUCUCUGUGCAAUGAUCUCAAAACAGAGUUCAACCUGCCAAAUGAAGAAAUCAAAAAGUAUAUCAGAAUUCAGGAAGAACACGUAGCCAAAGGGUUAAGGGACUUAAAGCAGAGACACACGACUUCCUUAUUGAUGGCUCUGGAGAACCUGCUCAGUAAGCAGUUGCAGGAGAAAGAUCUCGAGUUCAAGAUUAUAACUCAAAAAAAUCUGGAACUAGUUGAGAGUAUGAAGAAAGUUACAGCUGAAGCCCAGAGUUGGUGUUAUAUGGCCAAGUAUAACGAGUCAGUGUGUAAUAUACUAAAAACCAAUCUCCAACUGGCAAUGCAAGAUUCUAACCAAGGGAAAGAAGGAUUUGGAGAUAGUGAAAUAGAUGAUGCUGAAUCUUUCGUUGAUCCAAACAAUUACCUCAGCUUACCGGGUGGGUUGGGGAAGCCUAAAUCGGUUAAGAAUAAUAUGGUUUGUAAAUUAUGUAAAAUGAAGGAGGUGUGUAUAUUGUUGAUGCCUUGUAGACACCUCUGUCUGUGUAAGGAUUGUGAAGGUUCGGUUCGUGUGUGUCCUGUAUGCCGGUUGAUAACCGCAACUCGUUUCGAGGUAUACUUAUCUUAAAGAACUAAUGAGAUUAUUUACA